AUGAAGUAGUUUGACCCUGAUGUAAUGGAUUUUAUCACGAAAAAUAUAGACUCUUUCAAUGUUAAAUAGACUAAUUCUGUGCUAUAUUUGUACGCGAUAAAUGGUUUCGAUGCUCAAUACAGAUUUGAGUAUUCUAAUUUUUUGGAAAGACUAAUAGACAAGGCAAUAGAAAAAGCAAAGAAGCAAAAGUCAUAAUAUUAUGAAAAUAUAUAAUCAGAAUUGAAUAUCUCUAGAAGCUUGGGAAGUUUGGGUUUUAGGAAUGAUAAGAUAAAACUAUUCUUGAAGCAAGUCGUAGAUAAAAUUCAAUAGAGUGAGAACUAUACUUUCCACAACUAUUUGACACCUAUUUCAGCGAUUAUCAAUCUAAGGUACUUUAAUGAGUUUUACGGAAAGAAUCAUGUUCAAGUUGUAAAGAAUUUCAUAUAACUUUAUCAUAAGGAAUAACACAAAUCUACUUAGCUCUUUUUAGAAUUGAUAACUUUGGCAAGAUAGUUAACCAAAUUAGAGAUUUAUGACUAUCCACUUAUUUUUGAACUGACUUUCAAUGAGAUUAAAGAAGUCAUUGAGAGUGGUAGGAUUCUACAUAAAAAUGAGAUUACAGGUAUUUAUCAGUUGCUAGUAAGUCUCAGAAUUGAAAAGCCUGAAUAUCUCCCAAAUAUUGAUUUCUCUAGAAUCAUUGAUUUCGAUCUACUUCAAGAAACAUUUAAGAGUUCAACAAUCAACAUGUAUAAUAAACAUAACUUGAACAAUAGAAUCAAGAAAUAUCUUGAAGAUAAUGAUAUCAAAUACAUUGAGGAGUACUUUGAUGACUUUUUCUUAGACUUUUAUUUGCCUGAUUAUAAUACCAUUAUAGAAAAUAAUGGUCCCUAUCAUUAUAUUGCACCUGAAAGAAUUUUGAAUCAAACUACAUACACCAAAUUAAGAUAGAUAAAGAAAAAGGGAUACAAUCUAAUUGAAGUACCAUUCUAUGUGAAUAUGACAUUUGAUGAUGGCUUUAAAGGACCUCGCUUAGAAGAUUUAUUGGACAAUAUUAGUAAUCUAAAGUGA